GGCAAGUUUUGACUGUUUUCCUCUUUUUUUUGAUACGUUUGUUGGGAUUUGUAAAAUAAUUGAUCUACUCAUGUGCUUCCACCCUGGUGAUCAGAGGUUAAAGGUGAACUGAAUUUGACAUAUUAACAGUGAAACAUGUAGCUUUAGCUCUCGUUCAGAAUGACUUUCAAUGCAGCCGAAAUAUUUUCUAUUCCAGGAAUAGCAACAUGACAGUGACUUCUUCUGACCUUUUUAAAACGAUUAAUUUCUUCCCUUGUAACAUGACGGGUGUAUGCUGGUGAUUUUUUUCUAUUUGAAUAGUUUGUUGCAGCGUUUUGACUCAUUUAUGUUUCAGCUCAGAAGCCACAAGGCAGCCACGUGUUCACAGUCGUCCUGCAGUUCCUGUAUUACUUGUUUGAAUCAAUUCAACCUGCAAGUCCUGCUUGAGAAUCUCCACAGAUCGUGUGUGUGUGUGUGUGUGUGUGUGUGUGUGUGUGUGUGUGUGUGUGCGUGUAUGUGAUAAACCAGUUUUGUAUCUCUGGCUGCAGUUUGCAUGUUUCAUAUCCUAUGUGACCUUGCAAAUUGUAUUUCUUCAGUUGUUGGAGGGUCUUUGUCCACUUCGAUUGAUAUUCUCAAUAUCUUAGAAGGUGAAAAUAAAGAAGGGGUUGAAAGGAAACAAAGAGAAGUUGCGCUGCAUUGAGAAGUUAUUGCCAUACUGGCGUAUAUGUCAUUUUAGUGCCAGAUCGUUCUGUUGACCAAGUGAAAAGAUACAGUCACCACAUACAGGACUCUGGACCUGUAUGUGGUGCCUGAACAAAUAUACCAUCGCAUGCAUCCUGCAAAUCUGAAUUAACCUAGCACCUCCAACACAGAACAUAUACAUAACAGAUGAAUGUCUGCUCUGAACCUGAAUCCUCUGCUUUGAACAGACGAUUUCCCUCUGAGCUGAUAGCAUGUUGGUCUCAGUGGCAAAGCAGCACAGCAUGGCUCAUCCAUUAUGCAGCCGUUAAAGUAAUCGAGCAUGUCAUCAUAUACAACGUGUCAGAGGACGUUGUGUUGUCGGGAGGUUUGUACAAAAGUAGAAAUGCCUUGAAUCAUGCAUGGAUUUUACAUUGUGUUAAUGCUGUUUUGAAUUACUUUUUCACUGGAAAAUGUCGAGAAGAAGGGGUUACUUUUAAACCUUGUCUUUGUGUCUACAGAAGAAUUUGACGAAUUUAGCGUAGGAUUAUCUUUAAGCAGACGGUGAGCUGGCUUGGCUGGCUGUGGGAAGAUGUGCUGUGGCUGAUGAAGAGAAUACAGUUUUUUUUUUUUCAGUUUGGGACCUUGUUGAUGUAAAAAAUAAAGUGCAAAACAAAGUUUCAUCAACACAUCGAAAGGCAAAACUGGUAGAGAGAGCUCAUUAAGCGAAUGUGGAUUAAAAACGUUAUCUCUGGCUGACUUUGUAUUGUCUGCAGCUAUCUUGCUUUCAAACGCGAAUACUUGACAUUGAUCUUAAUUUUGGACGUGAUAACUACAUACUUGAUAUUGUGAUAAAGGACUGAUGCUAAAGCUGCAUGGCCCACAUAAACAUCAAUAUCCUCACCAGUUGAUGAUCCAUGUAGAGAACAUGGAAUUAAAGAAGCAGUGUAUUCAUGUAAUGUAGGGUAGAGGUAGUUAUUCACAUCAUUAUAAGAAAAACGGUAAGACUUGUUUUAUUUUAUUCUGACAUAAGGCUGCCUAGCUUAAAUACUUGGACAAAUGAGACAGGUUCGAUUUAUUCUUUAUAGUUGGCAUUUUCAAGCACUAACCAUUUCACCUUUAACACUAUUUCUGAUAAUGGGGGUCGUGGGGGUGUAAACUUCCUCAAAUCCAAAAGAGAGCAGGACAGAUGUUACCCUAAACUCUGAUAUAGUAGCAGCAGCAGCUCCCACAGUGGAUGAGCUAGUAAUGAACGGGCCUUUUCUUUUUAACAUAAUCUGUAGUCAGAUAGUUACCUAAAUAUGCUAGUCUUUGUAUCUUACAGUUCGUAUGAACAGACAAACACACUUUUACCAUGCUGACACCACCCUCCAUACUAUCUGUCUUAUAACCGUCCCACAUAUGCUGCUGUUCCAAGGAGGGAUGAAGUUGUGAAAACUCACCAGUUUAUCAAUAUGUCAAAUCCCAAUAGGUCAGUAGCCAAGUCAACCCUUUAAAAACUGAGUGAAGUCAGAGUAGGUGAAGCAUCAGUUUGUGUAUAUCCGUCUGCCUCUCCAUGCUCCUGCAUUCCCUUUGUUUUAUAUCCUGUUGUCACCCUGCAGAGCAGCACAAAACAGGGACCGAGGGUCCUGUGGUUCUUAGCAAUUGUUCCCAUGGCUCCAGUCUGCCCUGCCCAGGUCUUCCAUUGGACACUGUGUGCAUGUUUAAGGGACUGACUUGGCCUUCUGUCAGUGCAACUCUUCCCAUAAUAGCAGACAGGCACUUCCUGCAAACCAAAGCCAGAAGGAAAGAGAUGGAAAAGAGACAAGAGAUCCCUGGAUUUGUCUGGGUUCACAGUUAGGACAGAUAGAAGAAGGUGUGGUUGUCGGUGUGAACAAAGCUUUUGUUUUUAGUAAACCAACUGGACUUCAUGAUACUUUAAACUUUUAAGGAAACGUUUGACAUUGUAGGAAAAAUGCUUCUAUGCUUUGAUUAAUUAAUUCUCUUGAAUAUAUACAUUUUAGCGUACAAUAUUGUAGGCUUCAGGUCGAAGACGUACUCUGAUAUGCUGUAUGCGAGAGAAUUACUUUUAGCCAAGAAGCUAACUGUUUUGUUGUUUUGAUGGGGGCUCCGGUGCGAUGGUAUCCCUUUCAGAAACAUUAUAAUCCAGCAUUGAACUGCAGUGUCUUUUUGGAGACUUUGUAAAAAUAAAUGUAUUCUGUGAUUAUUUAUCAAUAUUUCUGUUGUCUGUUUGACCAAUCAGAGGCUGUGUACCCGACUGUGAGGCAGUUUUGAUCUCAAACUAGCUAGAGCACAACCAUUGAGGUGGUUGGCAUUUAUUGUUUUGAUCAAGGACACAAAACAGGGAUAACAUAGGGAGAUAGGUGGACUCCUGUCAUCAUCAAACAAACCAUCAAAUUCUCUUUUGUCUCUUUGAAUCUGCAUCACAGACUUUAUUGUGUUAAACAAAGUUGUGUUUAUCAAGUGUGUCUUCUCUGUCCAGGGGCCUUUUAUUUACCAAACUGGUGGAGUCCACCAGGCAGAGGUGCUGUGGCUGGCUGUAAUAUAUAUCCCUGAGGAGCAUGAGACAUGACCUCAGUGGUGCUGGUCGACACUGGUGGGACGGUGGUGGAGUAUGUCACAGCUGAAGAGGACGACUCCCAGCAGGAGGGAGAGUGUGAGGUGGACCUGCAGUUUGAGGGAGAGGUAGAAGGCGAGUGUGAAGCCGAGGAGGCCUUUGAAGAAGUCCAGGACAGAGAGGAGGCUGAGAACUACCCAGCAGUCAUUGUAGAGGAAGUACCCGGCGCCAGACUGGGCGAUGAGCGAGGUUACUCAGCCCAGGUGUUCGUCUAUAAUGACGAGGCUUACCUGAUGCAGGAAGUAGGCGAUGAGCAGGAGGUGGAGACAGAAGGGGAGGCAGUGGAGGCUUCUGUCCAUGGCACCAGUAUUCACUGCUAUGACAAGACCUUUGAGGCUGCAGAGGCUCUGCUACGCAUGGAUUCACCUUCCAGCCUCAGAGAAGACCGUAGCCCAGGUAAAACACUCUCACUAAUAACAGCCCAAAACACAAUUUACAAAUGGCUACACUUCAAACUUUGUUAUGUUUCAUAAUAAACUCAACAUAAUUGUAUACAUCUAUGUGGUGAGGUGUGGUUAAAUACUAAAUGUGGUUGGUCUGUUAUCUUUGCUGUAGUUUGUAUAUAUAUCUAUAUAUCUACAAUUGUGUGAAAAAGUGUUUGCCCCCUU